AUGGCAGCCACGACGUAUGUCACUGCGAAGCCGACUGCAGUCGCCCAAGCACAAAUCACCAUUGACCAUCCGCAACUACGUGACCUAAUAGUAUGUCCUCAAGAACAAGGUGUGGUCACCUAUGUGAGGGACAGAGAGAUUGUCGAGCAGAACCUUAAUCUCCCGAACGCUCCUAUACGAACGCUUGUCCGCACUAUCAUGUUUCCUCCGUCUUCGCUCACAGCGAUGGCUCUCGGGAACAACAAUGAAGACACACUCCUAGCUGCCGGAGGUUCGUGGGAAGCCAACCUCCAUCUCUCCUACCACCAGCCAUCUGGCGCUGCGCCACUUUGGCAAUACAACUGCAGGCUGAGCGGAACCCUCAACAACUCUGUGCUUUUGACCCGCUCCAACUCGAGCAGCUGCGAACCACGUGUCGGCGUAACGAAUAAUGACCAAACGUUCAGGCUGUACGACUGCGCGAUCCGGAGACAGCCUCUCGAUUGGAGACCCACCACGGCCGAUGACCACAUCGACAGGGAGAAUUGGCAGGAUGAGAGGCUGAACAACGCAAGGUUGGAAUGCGUCGGUGCGCUGAAGCUGGAUACUUGCAUCAACUACGCUUCGAUGUCACCUUCCGGUCGGAUGAUUGCGACUGUCGGCGAUUCGGGGAAUGUAUAUCUUCACCAUGUGAGCGGCUCUUCGCGUGUAACAUACCGGCCCGUCGCGACUAUUCCUUUACCUCUUCCCGCCAACACGCCUCCACACUAUCCGACGACGCGUCCAUCGACUUUCACCGCUGCGUUUGCUGCUGCCUGGUCCAAGGAUGGGAGCAAGUACGCUGUUGGCUCACAAGAGGGAGUUGUAGGGGUCUGGGAUAUCCGGAGUACGAAACCGCUGAAGGUGUUCCAGGUGGACAAGAUGCGAGGGAUGGGGGCAGGUGGCUUGGGAGCCUCGCCCGCUGGCUGGAUCUCGUGGGACCCGUCGCAUUGGUUUGUCAACACCGCGCCAUCAUGGAGCGUCCGAAACGUGAAGUUCGGAGGUGAUGAGAACGGUCUGAACGAGACGCUCGUCUUCGCAGAACAUACCUCGCUCAUUCACCUUGUCGAUGGGAAGACGUUUGAGGAAGAGGCUGUGAUUCAUGUGCCGACGACGAUGAGCGAGCCUCCUCCGCCUUCGCCGCCUAUCAUGUCAGUAUCGGAUCCCCUCGACGCGCCGCUUGACCUCAUCCACCUGGACCUCCCCCCUGUGGUCAACGCCAUCUCGACAUACACAUAUUCAUUCAACCCCGUACCUGAUCAAGUGCCCAUUGGUUUACCGCCUGGAGCGUAUUCGAUGCCUCUCUGGGAUGACGAAAGCAGUGACGACGACGACGACAACGAUGACAAUGAUCAGGAUGAGCAAGACCACCAUUCUCCAACGCCUGUUCCUCAAGAAGUUCCUCAGGCUUCAGCUUCACCCUCGACUCCCCCGGUGCCUGAACGCAUACCUGCCCGUUUACCCAACUCGACCAUUUUCAACGGGUACCGAUUCUCGUCACCCGAAUUCGAGUACGAGGAGGACCUACAUAUUGCUGGUGUAUGCUUCUCCCCGACUGGGAAGUCGCUGUACGUGGGUACGACACAGGGAGUUGUCGAGUACGGGAUGGUGGACCGACGACAGCGUGGGCUUUCCUAG